AUGUCCGGGACGGUCAUUAUCCUCCAGCAAUUUGCUGGUGGCCUCAAGAGCCGUAAUGAAGAGACCCGGGCGAAGGCGGCAAAGGACUUGCAGCAUUACGUCACCAUGGAGCUUCGAGAAAUGAGCCAAGAGGAAUCCACACGUUUUUAUGACCAGCUGAACCAUCACAUCUUCGAGCUGGUCUCUAGUUCAGAUGCCAACGAAAGGAAAGGAGGCAUUUUGGCUAUAGCCAGCCUCAUUGGUGUGGAGGGAGGCAAUGCCACGCGCAUUGGCAGGUUUGCCAACUACCUAAGGAACCUUCUUCCAUCAAAUGACCCCGUUGUCAUGGAGAUGGCCUCCAAGGCCAUCGGGCGUCUUGCGAUGGCCGGUGAUACCUUCACGGCCGAAUAUGUGGAAUUCGAAGUGAAGCGGGCUCUGGAGUGGCUUGGCGCAGACAGGAAUGAAGGACGGAGACACGCAGCGGUCUUGGUUUUGCGAGAGCUGGCCAUCAGCGUUCCCACGUUCUUCUUCCAGCAAGUUCAGCCGUUUUUUGACAACAUUUUUGUCGCUGUGUGGGAUCCGAAACAGGCCAUCCGGGAAGGAGCCGUCUCAGCUUUACGAGCUUGUCUGAUCUUGACCACUCAACGCGAGUCGAAAGAGAUGCAGAAGCCGCAGUGGUACCGACAAACCUACGAGGAAGCUGAGAAAGGCUUUGAUGAGUCCUUGGCCAAGGAAAAAGGUGUGAAUCGGGACGACCGAAUUCACGGUGCUUUACUGAUCCUCAAUGAGCUGGUGCGGAUUAGCAGCAUGGAAGGAGAGCGUCUCAGGGAAGAGAUGGAAGAAAUCACCCAGCAGCAGCUGGUGCACGACAAAUACUGCAAGGAUCUUUUGGGCUUCGGCACCAAGCCCCGUCACGUCACCCCCUUCUCCAGCUUCCAGUCGGUACAGCCCCAACAGUGCAAUGCCCUGAUCGGACUUCUGGGCUACAGUCCCCACUCAGGAAUCCUGGGAUUUGGGGCGUUACCGGUCCCGGCCAAGUCAACCUUGGUGGAGAGCCGAUGCUGCCGAGAGCUGAUGGAGGAGAAGUUUGACCAGGUGUGCUACUGGGUCCUGAAGUGCCGAAGCAGCAAGAACACUUUGAUUCAAAUGACCGUCCUCAGCUUAUUGCCACGGCUGGCCGCUUUCCGCCCUUCUGCUUUCACAGCUGACCACUACCUUCCCGACACCAUGAGCCACGUCUUGAGCUGCGUGAAGAAGGAAAAAGAGCGGACGGCUGCUUUCCAAGCCCUGGGUUUGCUCUCUGUAGCUGUGCGGUCAGAGUUCCAGGUUUACCUGCCCAAGGUUCUUGAAAUUAUCAAGGGGGCCCUCCCGUUGAAGGACUUCACCCACAAUAGGAGACAGAAAUCCAUGCAGGUGGAUGCCACUGUUUUUACCUGCAUCAGCAUGCUGGCACGAGCAAUGGGUCCCUCCAUUCAGCAAGACAUCAAAGAACUUCUGGAGCCCAUGUUGGCUGUGGGGCUGAGCCCUGCGCUGACCGCUGUCCUGUACGACCUGAGUCGCCAGAUCCCACAGCUGAAGAAAGAGAUCCAGGACGGGUUGCUGAAGAUGCUGUCCCUCGUGUUGAUGCAUCGCCCGCUGCGCCACCCGGGCAUGCCGAAAGGCCUCGCCCACCAGCUGGCUUCUCCCAGCCUCACCAACAUUCCUGAGGCCAAUGACGUGGCCAGCAUCACGCUCGCCCUCCGCACCCUGGGCAGUUUUGAGUUUGAAGGGCAUUCCUUGACUCAGUUCGUCCGGCACUGCGCGGAUCACUUCCUGAACAGCGAGCACAAGGAAGUGCGCAUGGAAGCAGCCCGGACGUGCUCCCGCUUACUCACGCCUUCCAUUCACCUGAUCAGUGGCCACGCCCACGUGGUCAGCCAGACGGCGGUCCAAGUGGUGGCUGAUGUCCUCAGCAAGCUCUUGGUGGUGGGGAUCACGGACCCCGACCCCGACAUCCGGUUCUGCGUGCUGGCGUCCUUGGACGAGCGCUUUGACGCCCACCUGGCCCAGGCGGAGAACUUGCAAGCGCUUUUCGUCGCUCUGAACGACCAGGUGUUUGAGAUCCGGGAGCUGGCCAUUUGCACCGUGGGCCGGCUGAGCAGCAUGAAUCCGGCUUUUGUCAUGCCGUUCCUCCGGAAAAUGCUAAUUCAGAUCCUGACUGAGCUGGAGCACAGUGGCGUGGGCAGAAUCAAAGAGCAGAGUGCCAGGAUGUUGGGACACUUGGUAUCCAAUGCCCCACGGCUCAUUCGCCCCUAUAUGGAACCCAUCCUCAAGGCGUUAAUCGUGAAGCUGAAAGACCCAGAUCCUGAUCCAAACCCCGGCGUAAUCAAUAACGUCUUGGCUACCAUCGGUGAACUGGCCCAGGUGAGCGGGCUGGAGAUGCGCAAGUGGGUGGAUGAGCUGUUCAUCAUCAUCAUGGACAUGCUCCAGGACUCCUCCUUGCUGGCCAAAAGACAGGUGGCUUUGUGGACCCUGGGACAGCUGGUAGCCAGCACUGGCUACGUGGUGGAACCCUACAGGAAGUACCCCACUCUCCUGGAGGUGCUGCUGAACUUCUUGAAAACAGAGCAGAACCAGGGUACCCGAAGAGAGGCUAUUCGUGUCCUUGGCCUGUUGGGAGCUCUGGACCCAUAUAAACAUAAGGUGAACAUCGGUAUGAUAGACCAGUCCAGGGAUGCUUCGGCUGUGAGCCUCUCCGAAUCUAAAUCCAGCCAGGAUUCUUCUGACUACAGCACCAGUGAGAUGCUGGUUAACAUGGGAAACCUCCCCCUGGACGAGUUCUACCCGGCAGUCUCCAUGGUGGCCCUCAUGAGGAUCUUCCGGGACCAGUCCUUGUCCCAUCACCACACCAUGGUGGUCCAGGCCAUCACCUUUAUUUUCAAAUCUCUUGGCCUGAAGUGUGUGCAGUUCCUGCCUCAAGUGAUGCCGACUUUCCUCAACGUCAUCCGGGUUUGCGAUGGGGCCAUCCGGGAGGUAAAAGAAGAUGGUGAUAGUGUACUGGGGAGAAGAGCCGAGGAUUUCUGGGUGGUAAAUAACUCCAUCCAGAGCACGAUUAUCCUCCUCAUUGAGCAGAUAGUGGUGGCUCUUGGUGGGGAAUUCAAGCUGUACCUUCCCCAGCUCAUCCCGCACAUGCUUCGCGUCUUCAUGCACGACAGCAGCAGCACCCGCAACGUUUCCACCAAGCUGCUGAAUGCCAUCCAGCUGUUUGGCGCCAAUCUGGAUGAUUACCUGCACUUAUUACUGCCUCCCAUUGUAAAGCUUUUCGAUGCGCCCGAUGCCCCUUUGUCUGCUCGCAAAGCUGCCUUAGAAACCGUGGACCGAUUAACGGAGUCCCUCGAUUUCACGGAUUACGCUUCGCGGAUUAUCCAUCCCAUUGUGCGAACUCUCGACCAAAGCCCAGAGCUUCGGACCACUGCCAUGGACACACUCUCCUCCUUGGUCUUCCAGCUGGGGAAGAAGUAUCAGAUCUUUAUCCCGAUGGUGAACAAAGUACUGGUGCGUCACAGGAUCAAUCACCAGCGGUACGACGUCCUCAUCUGCAGGAUUGUGAAGGGCUACACUCUUGCUGAUGAAGAAGAUGACCCCCUGAUUUACCAGCACCGCAUGCAGAGGAGCAGCCAAGGAGAGGCCCUCGCCAGCGGCCCAGUCGAAACGGGGCCCAUGAAGAAGCUGCACGUCAGCACCAUAAACUUACAGAAGGCCUGGGGAGCAGCCAGAAGAGUUUCCAAGGACGAUUGGUUGGAGUGGUUGAGACGGCUGAGCCUGGAAUUGUUGAAAGAUUCCUCGUCGCCUUCGCUGCGCUCAUGCUGGGCCCUGGCUCAGGCCUACAACCCCAUGGCCAGAGACCUGUUUAACGCGGCCUUUGUUUCAUGCUGGUCUGAGCUGAACGAAGACCAGCAGGACGAGCUGAUCCGUAGCAUCGAGCUGGCGCUGACGUCUCAGGACAUUGCCGAGGUCACCCAGACCCUGCUCAAUUUGGCCGAGUUCAUGGAGCACAGCGACAAGGGACCGCUGCCAUUGGGGGACGAUAACGGCAUUGUCUUAUUGGGAGAGCGGGCUGCCAAGUGCCGAGCCUACGCCAAGGCGCUACACUACAAAGAGCUGGAAUUUCAGAAGGGGCCCACCCCAGCCAUCCUUGAGUCUCUCAUCAGCAUAAACAAUAAACUGCAGCAACCGGAGGCUGCAUCUGGAGUGCUGGAAUAUGCCAUGAAGCAUUUUGGGGAGCUGGAAAUCCAGGCCACCUGGUAUGAGAAGCUCCACGAAUGGGAAGAUGCCCUUGUGGCCUAUGACAAAAAGAUGGAUACCAACAAGGAUGAUCCAGAGCUGAUGCUAGGCCGCAUGCGUUGCCUGGAAGCCUUGGGGGAAUGGGGGCAGCUGCAUCAGCAGUGCUGCGAGAAGUGGACCUUGGUGAAUGACGAAACGCAAGCCAAAAUGGCAAGGAUGGCGGCGGCGGCAGCCUGGGGCUUAGGGCAGUGGGACAGCAUGGAAGAGUACACUUGCAUGAUCCCAAGGGACACCCACGACGGCGCCUUCUACCGGGCUGUGCUGGCCCUGCAUCAGGACCUCUUCUCUCUGGCCCAGCAGUGCAUCGACAAAGCCCGGGACCUUCUGGAUGCUGAGCUGACAGCCAUGGCAGGAGAGAGUUACAGCCGAGCUUACGGCGCCAUGGUCUCCUGCCAAAUGCUGUCCGAGCUGGAAGAAGUCAUCCAGUACAAGCUUGUGCCGGAACGGCGGGAGAUCCUCCGGCAGAUCUGGUGGGAGAGGCUGCAGAUCGAAGCCUUCCAGCACAUGCAGCAUUUCGUCCAGAUGAUGCAGCAGCAAGCCCAGCAUGCCAUCGCCACCGAAGACCAGCAGCACCGACAGGAACUCCACAAGCUCAUGGCCCGGUGUUUCCUGAAGCUGGGAGAGUGGCAGCUGAACCUGCAAGGCAUCAACGAGAGCACCAUUCCCAAAGUCCUGCAGUACUACAGCGCCUCUACGGAGCACGACCGCAACUGGUACAAAGCCUGGCACGCCUGGGCCGUGAUGAACUUCGAGGCGGUGCUGCACUACAAGCUCCAGAACCAGGCCCGGGACGAGAAGAAGAAGCUGCGCCACGCCAGCGGGACCAGCGUCACCAGCGCCAACACGGAAGGCAGCAACAGCGAAAGCGAGGCCGAGAGCGCGGAGAACAGCCCGGCCCCUUCUCCUGUGCAGAAGAAGGCCGCGGAGGAUUUGUCCAAAACGCUCCUGAUGUACACUGUGCCGGCAGUCCAAGGCUUCUUCCGAUCCAUCUCUUUGUCUCGGGGAAACAAUCUGCAGGAUACUCUCAGGGUUCUUACACUGUGGUUUGACUACGGCCACUGGCCAGAGGUCAAUGAAGCCUUGGUGGAAGGGGUCAAGGCCAUCCAGAUCGACACCUGGCUCCAGGUGAUCCCACAGCUUAUCGCCAGAAUCGACACACCUCGGCCUUUAGUGGGACGACUUAUUUACCAGCUGCUCACCGACAUUGGAAGGUACCAUCCCCAGGCCCUGAUCUAUCCUCUGACGGUUGCUUCCAAGUCAACGACGACAGCCCGACACAAUGCUGCUAACAAGAUCUUGAAAAACAUGUGUGAACACAGCAACACCCUCGUCCAGCAAGCCGUGAUGGUGAGCGAAGAGCUGAUCCGCGUGGCCAUCCUGUGGCAUGAGAUGUGGCAUGAAGGGCUGGAGGAAGCGUCCCGCCUCUAUUUCGGGGAGAGGAACGUGAAGGGGAUGUUCGAGGUGCUGGAGCCGCUGCACGCCAUGAUGGAGCGGGGGCCUCAGACCCUCAAGGAGACCUCCUUCAAUCAGGCUUACGGCAGAGAUCUGAUGGAGGCCCAGGAGUGGUGCCGUAAAUAUAUGAAGUCGGGAAACGUCAAGGAUCUCACCCAGGCUUGGGAUCUGUACUACCACGUCUUCCGCCGCAUCUCCAAGCAGCUGCCUCAGCUGACUUCCUUGGAACUUCAGUACGUUUCUCCCAAACUCCUGAUGUGCCGCGAUUUGGAGCUGGCCGUCCCGGGAACGUACGACCCGAAUCAGCAGAUCAUCCGCAUUCAGUCCAUCGCGCCCUCCCUGCAAGUGAUCACCUCCAAGCAGAGGCCGAGGAAGUUGACCUUAAUGGGGAGCAACGGGCACGAGUUCGUGUUUCUUCUGAAAGGGCACGAGGACCUUCGCCAGGAUGAGCGAGUGAUGCAGCUCUUCGGCCUCGUGAACACGCUUCUCGCCAACGACCCCACAUCUCUCCGUAAAAACCUCAGCAUCCAGCGCUAUGCGGUGAUCCCUCUUUCCACCAACUCCGGGCUUAUAGGCUGGGUGCCUCACUGCGACACUCUGCACGCGCUCAUUCGAGACUACCGGGAGAAGAAGAAGAUCCUGCUCAACAUUGAACACCGCAUCAUGUUGAGGAUGGCUCCCGAUUACGAUCAUCUCACUCUCAUGCAAAAGGUGGAAGUGUUUGAACAUGCAGUCAACAAUACAGCUGGGGAUGACCUGGCCAAGCUUCUGUGGCUCAAGAGCCCCAGCUCAGAGGUGUGGUUUGACCGAAGAACAAAUUACACCCGCUCGUUAGCUGUGAUGUCAAUGGUUGGCUACAUUUUGGGUCUCGGGGACAGGCAUCCCUCCAACCUUAUGCUGGACCGGCUGAGUGGCAAAAUCCUGCACAUCGACUUUGGAGAUUGCUUUGAGGUGGCAAUGACCAGAGAGAAAUUCCCGGAGAAGAUCCCGUUCAGGCUAACUCGGAUGUUGACCAACGCCAUGGAGGUCACUGGCUUGGAUGGGAACUACCGCAUCACCUGCCACACUGUGAUGGAAGUCCUACGCGAGCACAAAGACAGCGUCAUGGCAGUAUUGGAAGCCUUCGUAUACGAUCCCCUGCUCAACUGGAGGCUGAUGGACACAAACACCAAAGGUAAUAAACGAUCUCGGACCCGCACGGAUUCGUACUCUGCUUGUCAGUCAGUCGAAAUGCUGGACAGCGUGGAACUGGGUGAAACGGCCCACAAGAAAGCUGGAACAACAGUGCCUGAGUCCAUCCAUUCCUUCAUCGGGGACGGCCUUGUGAAACCAGAAGCCCUAAAUAAGAAAGCUAUUCAGAUUAUCAACAGAGUCCGGGAUAAACUCACAGGACGAGACUUCUCCCACGACGAAACCCUGGACGUGCCCACCCAGGUGGAGCUGCUCAUCAAGCAGGCCACCUCCCACGAGAACCUUUGCCAGUGCUACAUCGGAUGGUGCCCUUUCUGGUAACAGAAGACUUGUGCCCAACCCUUUUCCUGGCUCCCUCUCUGGGCUCUGGGAUCCCCCCGGCAAUCUUUCCCAGAAGUGAUGGGGAGUAAAGAUGGACUCCGGCUCGAGGGUGGAGGGUAAAGCUUUUCUCAAACUUUGGGAGCUGAGGAGGAG